UAGAGAGUCAGAUAUUAUCUAUGAUGAAAACUUAGAUUUCAAUACGCGGAAAUUUGAAGUAGCACUCACGGUAGCACGUAAAAUGAUACAUCAUUAUGUCAGCAAUCUAGUCAUCCAGACUUGGUGGUCUUAUUUGUGGUUAAAUGAAGGCAUCGCUACGUUUUUGGCAAUGGAAAUCGUCAGAGAGACUGUACAUUUCCACUACACGGAUUUACUCACAGUACAACUUCUAUAUGACUUUUUCCAUUUGAAUGAUUAUUACAAUAUGUCUCUUGUAUCAGAAAUCAUUGAACCCUCUGACAUAAUUUCUCCUUUCCCUUUCACUUAUUACAUUAAAGCACCAAUUUUUAUAUACGCACUAGUACACACGGUAACCAUAUACCCAUUUCUCCAAGGUCUCAAUGCAUAUUUAUCAAUGCACAAGCUGAGAUCCAUCGAUUCUUCGAAUAACACAUUCGACAUGUUCUUGAAUAUUUUGCAAAAUGACGAAAUAUCACCCGAAUUAAAUAUUAACUUAACGGAAAAAUUAAGUCAAUGGACAACACAAGAACGUUAUACAGUACUGCAGGUGACGCGACAGAAAGGCAAUAGGACCGAAAUAAAAUUAUUGCAAGAAUAUCUUAAUCAAUCCUAUUCGAAAAAUUUGUGGAUUCCGGUGACUUACACUAUGCAAAACUCUUCCGAAUUUGAAUAUAAAAAAUGGCUGAGUCCGCAGGAGCCAAUUUUACACUUAACUGAUGUUGACAGCAAUCAAUGGAUCAUUGUUAACGUAGACCGAGCUGGAUACCAUCGUGUUAAUUACGACUAUGAUAAUUGGCAAAAACUUAUUACAUGUCUACAUUCAGAAACAUAUUACUAUAUAUCUGUACGCAAUCGUGCACAGAUAAUCGACGAUGCGUAUUAUUUUCUAUUAAAUAACAAACUGGACUUCUCUUUAUUUAAAAACCUUACGAACUAUCUGUCGAAUGAUAUAAAUUAUGCGGUAUGGUAUCCUGUGUUCAAAAUUAUGGAAGAGAUAUCAGGCGUUUUCCCGUUUCAAAGGAGCGCGGAAAUUAAGAGCCAUUUUCAGAAAAUCUUGGACUCUCUUCUGAAUAAACUAGAAUAUUCAAACAAAGAGGGAGACAAUGAUUUUAUUAAAUGUUUAAGACAAGAAGCCGCAAAAUGGGCAUGCAUCCUGCGUUCCUCACAGUGCACAGCUACUGCACGUUUUUACUUAAAUUGGCUUUAUGAUCAGUCUCGUCCAAUUGUGCCAGGAUGGAUGGAAUGGAUACAUUGUAAAGGAAUGAUGAACGCGGACAGAUCCCUUUGGGAGAAAGCGAUGGAUGCAUCUUUAACAAAUAAAAAACUUAUAAAGUUUUUAGUAUGUUCUGAAAACUAUGUUAUCAUCAUGGAUUACAUCGAUCGACUGAAAUCAGAAAUCUAUUUUACAAAAGCACAAGACCGUAUUGAAGUUUUUCAUUCUAUUAUCGCACGACAUGCAAAAAAGAACGUGAUCCUCGAUUACAUAUUAAAACAUUUCACGAACAUAAUAUACAGAGAUAUCAAGAUAUUGGUCGCGUUAACAGACAUUAUUAAUCAUUUGUAUUCCGAAGAUCAACUUUCCAAGAUUUAUAAGUAUAUGCAAAGCACAUUGUCUAAUAAAAUGUCGCAGAAAAUGUCUUCUUACGUUCUCCAAAAGAUAAAAGUCCGGUCGUUAGAAAUCGCUCGAUGUACUUUACAUUUCAAGAAUUUGCUCAGAUAAAUCAAUAUUAUAUCUUUUAUUUAUGUAUAACAAUAUUAUAUAUUUAUCUAUA